AUGUUGAUUUUAUCAUCGAGGAAGAGUUUAAUAAGUUUUGUUCCUGUUCUGUCCAGUCGAUUCUGCUCUGCUCAAGCAUCACUAGCCGAACAAAAGCUGUUAAGUGCAAAACCAUUUGAAGUUAUUCCUGGGCCAAGAAAUUCAUUUCAGUUUUUAAAGCUUAUGGCACAUCCAAAGUCAAAAUAUUACAACCAGCCACUAAUUAAAAUGAUUUGCAUGAUUCGUGAAGAUUUCGGAGAUUUAGUUUACUUUCCUGGAUUGUUGGGUGCGAAGCCAAUGGUGAUGACAUUCUCGCCUGAGGAUGCAGAAAAGGUUUCUAGAUAUGAAGGACGUUAUCCAUACCGAAGAGAUUUAGAGACAUUUAAAUACUAUAGGAAACAGCAUCGACCAGAACUUUUCAAACCAAGUGCCGGACUUGUUGUUGAACAUGGUCUUGCUUGGCAUGAGUUUCGUUCGAAAGUUAACCAGGUAAUGUUGCAUCCAAGGAAUGUUAAGAUGUACACACCAAUACUCGAUAAUGUUGCAUGUGAAUUUGUAGAAAAGAUUAGAGCUAUUAGGAAUGAAAGCAUGACAAUGCCUGAUAACUUUUUAGAGAAUUUAAACGAGUGGGCUCUUGAGAGUAUAGCUCUAAUUGCACUUGACACUAGACUGAAUCUUUUUGAAGGAGCAAAUCAGGAAUCAAAGCAGCUCUAUGAACUCAUUAAAGAAAUGUUUGCAAUUGGAUUUGAAUUUGAUAUAAAGCCAUCCAUUUGGAGAUACUGCAAGACUCCAGGAUUUAAUAAAGCAUUAAAAACGUUUGACAAAUUAACUCAAAUUGUUUUUGGUCAUGUCGGGCAAGCUGUUGAAAGGUACGAGAAGAGCCCAUCAGCUUCAGAGCAUCAAAGUAUUUUAGAGAAGCUAUUGAAAAUUGAUAGGAAUGUGGCAGAAGUUAUGGCAACUGAUAUGUUAAUUGCUGGAAUUGAUACUACAUCAUCAACUGCCGCAGCUGCUUUGUAUUGCUUAGCUACAAAUCCUGAUAAGCAGGAAAUUCUUCGAAAGGAAGUUAAGAAGGUUCUACCUUCAAAUUAUGCACAAUUAACUGAAAAGUCUUUAGCUAGUGUUCCAUAUAUGCGAGCUGUAAUCAAGGAAGCUCUAAGGAUGUUUCCAAUUUUUAAUGGAAUCGCCAGAGCUUUAGAUAAAGACAUUGUUUUGCAAGGAUAUCGAAUCAAAAAGGGAGUUGACAUUAUGAUGGUUCCCACAGCAUAUUCGGAUUUUGAGCAUACAAACAAGUUCAUCCCAGAACGAUGGUUGAAGAGAAAAACCCAAAAAACUUGUCAAGGAAAAGACGUCAAUCCAUUCGCACACUUACCUUUUGGAUACGGACCACGCAUGUGCAUCGGUAAAAGAAUGGCUGAAAUGGAGAUUGAAAUUUUAUUGACUCGACUGCUGAGUGAAUUCAAACUAGAAUGGCAAGAAGGAGACAUCAAAUGGAGUAGCACAACAAUCAAUGUGCCUUCAUCUCCAUUGAGGUUUAAAGUAUUAGAUCUAUAG